AUGCCAAAGAUUCAACUUCGAAGCAAUCCGAUUGCUAAAUAUAUAUAUAAUCAGGAUUUUGGCGAUCUUUUAUAUUUAGCAAACAAUAUUAGUACAAACAAUAACAACUCUUUUUGGACAAAGUUUGCAGAGAUGGGCAGGAAUGGUAGUUUUAAUAAUCAAAAAAUAUUUGAAGGUCUAUGUAAUGUAAUGUUUCUUCCUGACUUUUCAUUUAAUGAUCUAGUAGCAUUAACACCUAAGAUCGCAUGUUUGUAUAAAGCAUAUUUCUUAGGCUCUCUUAAGUCAGAAAGAGAAAAAACAACAGGCAUUGGUUAUAUUUCACAUUAUUCAGAUUCGAGUGUUGUAGAAAAUCUGGAUCAAGCCACCGCAUUAGCUAGAAACAUUCUUGGAAUGGUGUUAAAUACUCAAAUUCAUGAUUCUGUAGCUUUCCCAAAUAAUGAUAAGGUUGAAAUAGAAAAUGAAAUUGAAGAACAAUCUGCUGAACUUCAAAGAGAUAAGAAUUUACAAAUAACUAAAAGUAUUUUUAUAUCAAUAGCAGCCUCAGAAGUUAAUGCUUAG